AUGGGAACCGUCAACCUUAGAAGUAGCAAUAGGCUUAAUAAGCCUUUUAAGAAUGUCUCCUCUGAUUCUGAAACUUUUGUUGUACCUAAUUUGCCUCACCAAAUCAAGCUGACAAGAACACAGUUGUCUCCGCUUGACCAAUCGGAUGAAGAGUCAGUCAUGUCCAUGAUGAUGAAAUUAGUAAGGGAAUCGGACUUGAAGAGUUAUAGAGUUAUAUUCAACAGUUUCUAUGAGCUUGAAGAUUAUGUAGAGCAUUAUACCAAGGUUCUAGGUAGAAACGCUUGGGCUAUAUGUCCGCUUUCCUUGUGCAAUAUGGACAUUGAAGAUAAAGCUGAAAGAGGGAAGCAAUCCUCUAUAGAUAAUCAUGAGUGCAUGAAAUGGCUUGAUUCGAAGAAAUCCAGUUCCGUUAUCUAUGUUUGUUUCGGUAGCAUAGCGAAUUUCACCGCGUCACAACUGCACGAACUUGCUAUGGGAAUUGAAGCUUCGGGACAAGAAUUCAUUUGGGUUGUUAGAACAGAUCAACAAGACAACAAAGAUUGGUUUCCUGAAGGAUUUGAGGAAAGAACGAAAGAAAAAGGUUUAAUAAUAAGAGGAUGGGCACCCCAAGUACUAAUUCUAGAUCACGAAGCUGUGGGUGCAUUUGUUACACAUUGUGGAUGGAAUUCGACGCUGGAAGGAAUAUCAGCAGGAAUACCAAUGGUGACAUGGCCUCUAUCUGCUGAACAAUUCUUCAAUGAAAAGCUAGUAACUGAGGUUUUGAAAACUGGGGUUGGCCUUGGUUCUAUGCUAUGGCAAACAACACCUUGUGAAGGAGUGAAAAGAGAAGCAAUAGCUAAAGCAAUAAAGAGAGUAAUUGUGGGUGAAGAAGCAGAAGAAUUCAGAAACAGAGCUAAAGAGUAUAAGGAAAUGGCAAGACAAGCAGUUGAAGAAGGAGGAUCGUCUUACUGUGGUUUGAGUAAUUUACUGCAUGAUUUAAGUACGUAUAGUUCUACAUGCAUGACACCGUACGUGGAUGAACGUUAA